AUGAUGUGGCGGGACCAGACGGCCCGGGCUCAAUUUGACUCGGAAAAAGUCUUCCUUUGCGUUGUCAAAGCGGAAGAACUCUGGCGACGUGACAUAUUUCUUGGCCGAAGCGCAGCAACUCAGGAUUCGGCCAAACAACUUACAGGCGUCAGCGGGCUGGCCAUGAAUCGACGUUCGUUGCAGUUCUCCUCCCAUUCCCCCGAUCCGUCUGAUCUAUUCGCUCAACUAAAUCAACAACGCGCUAGUUCGCGUCCAUCAAAUUCCGGGUCAACCUUCGGCCGGCAGACCCUAAAACAAGAAGAUCAAAUCCCGUCCAACUAUCCACAGUUUGCAGACUAUGCCCCUUUCAGUCCGUUCAAUCGAGGCUCUUUCUUCCUCUUCCACGGCAACGCCUCGCCCACAUCACUCAACUGGUUGACGAAAAACCUCAAAUUAGGCCGAAACACCGCCGAACUGAAAAAUAGUAUCAAGUUC